GGCGGAGGCGCGCGCGGCGGCGCCGGCGCUGCAGGCGGCGCAGGAGCGGGCCGCGGCGGCGGAGGAGGCGCUGCGGGAUUCGCGGGCGCGGCACGCGGAGGAGUUGGCGAGGCUGCGCGCGGAGCGCGAGGCGGAGCUGCGGCGCGAGAGAGCCCUGGAGCCCGACGCGGGCGGCACGCCGCGGCCGCGGAGCUGGAGGAGCUCCGCGCAUCGCACGAGGGAGAGCUGCGGAGACUGCAGGAGGCCCACGAGCAGGAGCUCCGCGCGGCCCGGGGCGGCGCCGCCGGCGACGACGUGGGCUCCGCGGAGGGCCACCGGCAGCUGAUCCACGCGCUGCAGCAGCGGCUGGGCGAGAUGGAGCGCGAGGCGGAGGAGGGGCGGCGCGAGGCGGAGGCGGCGCGGCGGGAGCUGCAGGAGGCAGAGGAGCGCCAGCGCGGCCUCGCGGCCUCGCCGCUGCACGGGGUGGGCCUGGAGCCGACGAUGGUGGGCCUGCUGCCGUUCCCAGGCGAGGAGGACGACGAGGAGGAUGACCCGCUCGGAGCGACCAGCGGGCUUCCCACGGACGGCUCUCCAUCCCCAACGGCGGCGAGGCCGCGGCGCUCCGCGCGCGCGUGCGCGCGCUGGAGGCGCGCUGCCGGAAGCUGCAGAAGCAGCUGAGCGCCAAGGCUGGCCUGUGGCAGGCCCCGCCGCCGCUGCCCGGGGCAGAGCCCGACGGCGACCCGCCGAGCCCAGGCGGGCCGGCGCGGCGCGGCGGCGCGAGG